CCAUAGCUCUGGGUUUCUUCUUCUUCUUCUUCUUCUGCCACUUCUCCGAUUCGGCUCUUUUACCUCUCUCUCGCUCUCUGUCUUAUACUCCUGUUCGCAAAUCUUACGAGCCCCAUUUUUUCUGUGUUUUUCUCCGAGCUUUUGGUCUGAGAAUCCUCGGGGAAGAUAUAUAUAUAUAUAUAUAUUAUUAAGGAAUGGCGCAAGCAGUGGAAGAAUGGUACAAGCAGAUGCCAAUCAUCACCCGCUCAUAUCUCACUGCAGCAAUCGUCACAACCAUUGGUUGCUCCCUCGAUAUAAUCUCUCCUUUCAAUUUGUACCUGAAUCCUAGACUUGUGGUCAAGCAGUAUCAGUUCUGGCGUCUCAUCACCAACUUCCUCUACUUCAGGAAAAUGGACUUGGAUUUUAUGUUCCACAUGUUCUUUCUUGCCCGAUACUGCAAGCUUCUUGAAGAGAACUCCUUCAGGGGAAGGACUGCUGAUUUCUUUUACAUGCUCUUAUUUGGUGCCUCUGUAUUAACUGGGAUCGUUCUUGUCGGCGGGAUGAUACCUUAUCUUUCAGAAUCGUUUGCUAAAAUUAUAUUCCUCAGCAACUCACUAACAUUUAUGAUGGUUUAUGUGUGGAGCAAGCAAAAUCCCUUUAUCCACAUGAGUUUCCUGGGCCUUUUCACUUUCACAGCAGCUUACUUACCAUGGGUUCUUCUGGGAUUCUCUGUCCUUGUUGGAGCCAGUGCUUGGGUUGACCUAUUGGGAAUGAUUGCUGGCCAUGCCUACUACUUUCUCGAAGACGUUUACCCACAAAUGACUGGUCGUCGGCCCUUAAAGACACCAUCAUUUAUCAAAGCACUUUUUCCCGAUGAGCCUGUUGUGGUGGCACGGCCGACAAAUGUAGGAUUUGCCCCACCACCUGCCGAGGAUCUUCACCAGGACUAGGGACACCUUAUGGCAAAAAGUAAAACCAAGUUGAUAGUAUUCCAGGGACCUGUCAUUUGAAGCAGCGUGGGCCUAGGGGACUGAUUGCUGGUCUUGUAACAUAGAAUUCUAGUACGAUUUGCUAAUUGCUUUUCUUUUCUCUCCCUUCUUGUGCAUUCUUUAUCCAAGUCGUUAUAAUAUCAAGAUCAUCAAUAUGUAAUCAAAGGUUUUUUCAACAGUUUACCGGAAGAGAUAUUAGAUACGGAACAAAGGAAAAUGGUGUGAGAGCAUUUUGUUUACCCAUGAAUCCGUACUAGGCUUCUCCUUUUGAUACCUUGUGCCCUGUACUAAAUCUACUGAUUCAAUUAUUCUUCAAUAUUGCAAUCCUCGAAAUAUCAAUAACUCGAACUGCACGGUUUUGAUGAUACACCAAGAAGUCAUGCGCAGUUCCCCUCACCUACUUGAUAUACGGUGUCGUUAUGAUUCUCUAU